AUGAACUUGUUGCAUCCUUUCUCUCAAAUCAAAAUACAGCUUCCCUCCCGAAAAGACUUACUGUCUUUUCAUGGUUUGGAUUAUCUCGAAAGACCACGUGAAGGGAAACGUUGGCACUGCAUAGACAAAGCUAUCUUAUCUGCAAAUCCAUCUCUUACAUCAGAUUAUGCGUUGUUGGUGCACUAUUAUGCAGGAGGUUCUUGUUUGGCUUUUUGGCGACCCGGAGAUCUUAAUUGGACGGAGAUUGAUGUUGUUACUUAUGGUGGAGUCUGCAAUAUGAUUUUUUGUAAAGGCCAAUUUUAUUCCGUGAGUUACGGUGGGGAAGUAUGGGUUUAUGAUAUUGCAGGGCGUAGCAUUGCUCAACCAAGUGUACAAACACGCUUGCUUGCUGAGCUUGAAGAUGAUAUGUUUAAGCUGCCUUCAGUUCAGUUCUACCUAGUUGAGUUAUCUGGUGCAUUAUUACUUGUUACUCGAUAUGCAAUCAGGAGCAUAGGUGAGGAUCCAAACGGUGCUUUUAAGAGCUUUAAAUUUAAGAUCUGUGAACUAGAUAUAACCAAAGGUAAAUUCAAGGAAGAGGAUAUUAAAACCUUGGGAGAUUCAUCAAUAUUUUUGGGCCGCAAUGGAGCAAGUUGCGUUGACUCUUCUAAGUUUUCAGGAAUCAAACCUAAUCGCAUAUAUUUUACUGAUGAUUGGUUGGAAUUUGGUAGAAUCGAGGAAGGAGGGGCUGGAAGAGAUAUGGGGGCAUACAAUAUAGAAGAUGGAAAAAUUGAAUCGUUUUAUCCUGAAUUGUCAAUAAGUCUUAUUUGCCCACCAACUUGGGUGAAGGAGAUGAUUGUGGCACCAGAAUCCCAGUUAGACUCAGUGCUUUCUGAUGAUAUAGGAGAAAUUUUUAUCAACAAG